AUGGAAUCGACUAACGUUUCCCAUAAUUUUGAGCAUCUUCUGUACAUUGAUGCCAAAGAUCAUGUGAUGCGAAUCCAUCAAACUAUGAUCUUCAUGUACAUCUUCUCCGCAGCUCUGUCCAUCAUCGGCAAUGUGCUUGUAAUUAUUGUUCUUCUGCGGACGUUCCAUCGACACUUCUCCCUCUCCAGCUACAAGAUAAAUCUAGCGGUUGCAGAUCUGUGCAUCAUCGUGUUCUGCGUACCUUUCACGUACACCCAGGCAGAGCUAGGGGAGUGGGUCUUCGGAGCUGUGCUCUGCCCCCUCAUCAUGUUCCUUCAGCUGUGCUGUGUCUGCUCCAGCGCAUACACGAACGUCGCCAUAGGACUAGACAGAUUCUUAGCAGUACUUUACCCUCUAAAGAUUAGACAUCACUUUAAAAAUCGCUUGCUCGUGAUCGGUCUGCUGUGGCUACUAGCAGCCGGUCUCGCAUGCCCAUUGCUGAUGGUGGCGAAGAGCGUGGGGCUAGGGGAUGGCAACUCCACCCGCGCGGCUUGCAAUGAGAACUGGUCGACGCCCACCCAGAAGCUGGCCUACACCAUGGCUGUGUUCGUCAUCGUGUUUGUCAUCCCGACGGCGUUGCUGUCGGUCACCUACACCUGCGUGGUGCACACACUCUGGAAGCGAGUCACCCCUGGCAACGCUCAUGCGGAGCGCGACAGACGUCAACUGGAGUCCAAGAAGCGGAUUACCUGGAUGCUAAUUAGCGUCGUAACCCUGUUUGUCAUCUGCUGGCUACCGCUACACGUGCUGAAGAUCGUGAUCGACCUUGACCCCCGCGUCCUUGACUCUCUGGACGACUAUACCCUCGACUAUCUCUUCUUCAUGUGUCACUGGAUCGGCGUGUCGCACGCCUUCGUCAACCCCAUAAUAUACGUCAUCACAGAUUCGGAAUUCAGGACCAAAUUAUGGGACGUGCUAACUCUAAAGAAGGCACCAAAGCGACUGACGGUUGUCACUAACAGGUGCACUAGUCUUAAAAGCAAGGCCUCGCGGUCGGCAAGCACUGGUCGACAGAUCACCUCGACAAGUCCAGUGUCCCGGAACAUCUUCACGUUUGAAAACAUCCUCAAACGCCCUGAGACAAUUUUGUUUCCAAAAACCGAAUGUAAAAAUGCGAACAGUCCGAACAUGGCGUACUUCCAGGAAUCGCCAACAUGUACAAAUGCGGAAAGUCCAACUAUGACGUAUUUCCAAGAAUCGCCAACAUGUACAAAUGCGGAAAGUCCGGCUAUGACGUACUUCCAGCCAACUGAAUCGUCCAGUCUUUUAACAGAAGGUCUGUUAGGAGACAGUCGAUUGGGAGAUACCUCGAUAAAGGAGAGCAGAUUAGCAGAUGCGCUAGCAGGUGGUAGGUCAGAAGACAACGGGAUGAAACAGAGGCUGUUAACAGUAAAUCGAUUAGCAAAUAUGUUAGAAGAUAGGCUAUCAACGGGCAACCGGUUAGCAGACAAUAUAUUACAAGAUAGCCUCUUGGCAGACAAACGGGUUGCACAAACGUUAAAAGAGAAGCCUAUACCAGGUAACCGGUUUGAAGACGAAAAUAGCGUUUUAACAGGAAGCCGGUUAGCAACAAACCGACUAGAAGACGGCAUGUUCAAAGAAAACCUCUUAGCAGAAAACAUUUAUAAAGACAACAUUUUACAAGAGAGCCUCUUGGCAGUAAACCGGUUAGCAGACGAGUUAACAAAGAACAAGUUUGCAGAGAACCGGUUAUCAGACGACUUACCAGAGAACCGGUUAGAAAACAAGUUUGCAGAAAACCGGUUAGCAGACGAGUUAGCAGAGAACCGGUUCGCAGACAAUCUGUUUGCAGAAAACCGGUUAGCAGACGAGUCAGCAGAGAACCGGUUACCAGACGAGUUAGUGGAGAAUCAGUUAGCAGACGAGAUUGUGGAGAUAAUCGGUUACCAGACGAGUUAG